AUGGUCAAGAAAAAUGUUUUGGUAGAAAUGGGUUGUGACUUGUACCUUAAGCCCAGUUGGGUGGUGUCAGGGCUGGCUGGCCACUCUGCCGACCAGGAGCCCCAUCUUGGCCAUUACAAGCUCCUGAACACCAUCGGCCAGGGCCUCCAUGCCAAGGUGAAGUUGGGCCGGCACCUUCCGACCAGGACCCAGAUGGCUAUGGAAAUCAUCCAGAGGCGGGGCGUCAGCAGACAUCAGAGACCUAUCCUGCAGGAAGUUGGCUGCAUGGCAGGCUUGCGUCACCCAAACAUCGAGCAAUUACUCGAGGUGAUCAACACCGAAGAAUCAUUAUUCAUUCUUAUGGAGCAUGGGCCACAGAACGUGCUCUUCGAUGUUGAAAUGAUCGCUAAACUUCCAGACUUUUCAGUAAGUAUGCCAUUCAAUGGAAGCAAACUGAGCACGUUCUGUGGCAGCCCCGUUUAUUCAGCGCCAGAACUCUUCCAGGGAAAAGAAUACGACAGUCCUCCAGUGGACAUUUGGAGUCUGGGAGUGCUGCUGUACCACGUGGUCACUGGGACCAUCCCUUUUAUGGGAACGCACUUGAGGCAGCUAGUGAAGCAGAUACUGAAAGGGAACUACACAGUGCUUCUGGAUUUAACAAUCGAACUGCACAUCCCCCUCAGUAAAUUAAUAACCGUGAACCCCAAGGAGAGAAGCACUCUAACAGAGAUCAUGCCAGACCCGUGGCUGGACAAGGGCCACGUGGAGGAGCUCCCGCCUUUCACUGAGUCACCCAGUGAUGACCUAGACUCUGUGUGGCACAGGAUUUGGUCAACAUGGGCUUCGAGCGGCACGAGACCUUGGUCACUCCCCAAAUCAGGAGGCUCAGACAGAGAGGCAGCCAAACGAGCAGGAGUCAGGGCAGAAGGCCGAGGAGUCUGCAGGUCCUUCAGCCAGCCCGAGGUCCAGGAAGGCCACACCCGGAACCAGCCCGAGGUCCACGAAGGCCAGUCUCCAACCCAGCACAAAUUGGAGGAAGGUCAUGCCGCGACACAGCCCGCAGUUGAGGACCGCCACUUCCAGACCCAGUCCGAAGUUGAGAACUGCCACUGCCCGAGCCAGCCCAAAGUCAAGAACUGCCACUCCCAGAACCAGCUGGAAGGCCAGGACCGCCAACCUCCCACCCAACCCAGAGUCGAACGCCACCCCUAG